CUUGGCUCCGCCCUCUGGUGUCUCCUGGAAAGCCCUCCGCUGGGUCCGCGCGGGAUCACUGCCCGGAGCGCGCCUCGGCCUUGGGCGGAGCGGAAGACGCGUGGAGCCGUGAGAGGACUCGCGGGUUGUGCAGUGCACCUAUAAUGUGUUUUARAAGUAGAUGUUAAACUUCAGUUUGAAGGAAGAAUGUCGCUCAAUCCAUCUGUAUUUCUUAAAGAAAUCGAAGAAAAUAAUUCAAAAUUUGUGGAAACAAACAAAACUACUUCCAUAGCUUCAGAAAAUCCCCUUCAAAACUUAUGCUUAGCAUCUCAAGAAGUUCUUCAAAAAGCUCAGCAAAGUGGGAGAUCAAAGUGUCUCAAAUGUGGUGGUUCAAGGAUGUUUUACUGCUAUACAUGUUAUGUCCCAGUUGAAAAUGUACCUAUUGAACAGAUUCCACUUGUGAAGCUUCCAUUGAAGAUCGACAUCAUUAAACAUCCAAAUGAAACAGAUGGCAAAAGUACUGCUAUACAUGCAAAACUCUUAGCACCUGAAUUUGUGAACAUUUACACAUACCCUUGUAUUCCAGAGUAUGAGGAAAAAGACCAUGAAGUUGUACUUGUUUUUCCUGGACCUCAGUCUAUCUCAAUAAAAGAUAUUUCUUUUCACUUGCAAAAAAGGAGUCAAAAUAAAAGUAGAGGCCAAAAUGAUGRCCUUGACAAGCCAUCUUUUAAACGAAAAAAAAUUGAAGAUCAGGAGGACUAUGAUUUGAAUGAUAGUAUGUGCAAAAACACAAUACUGAAAAAAAUUAUCUUUAUAGAUAGCACCUGGAACCAAACAAACAAAAUAUUCUCUGAUGAGCGACUUCAAGGGUUGUUACAAGUUGAAUUGAAAACAAGAAAAACUUGCUUUUGGCGCCAUCAAAAAGGAAAGCCAAAUACUUUCCUUUCCACAAUUGAAGCCAUUUACUACUUUCUAGUAGACUACCAUACUGAUGUAUUAAAAGAAAAAUACAAAGGACAAUAUGACAAUCUUUUAUUUUUCUACUCUUUUAUGUACCACUUGAUAAAGAAUGCCAAGUGCUCUGGAGAUAAGGAAACAGCAAAACAUACCCAGUAGUUGAUAACAAGCCACCUAUCAUUUUAUUUUGCUAAAAUUAAUAAACUUAUAGUUGUGCUUUGUUUAUUCUUGGGAAAUAAUUGUGUAUAAUAGCUGCAAUAUCACUUGAAAAAAAUUCCAUUUUCACCCAUAUUUUUUAAAACAAAAUUGUAUCUGAAGCAAUUUUUCAGAGAUAAAGUUGAUUU